AUGGAAGCCGUUAAAGAAUAUGGCAGGCCAUUCCUCGGGCCACUGACAGCCUUUUGGGCGGAGACGGUGGCCACAUACUCUGCGCAGCGCAUCGAGUUCGUAGGCACGUUCAUGAUUCAGAUCCUGUUUUUCUGGCUGCCAUCCAUGCUGUAUCUUUCCUUGGACGUUCUUGCACCUCGCUUCAGUCAGCACCACAAGAUUCAACCAGCUCCAAAACAGCCCACCCGCAGCGACAUCGUGCGUUGUUUCAGUGUGGUGACCCAGAAUCAGAUCCUCUCGUCAGCUCUGCAUCUGGCUCUUAUAUAUCUUAGCAAACGAUCGGGAUCAGGGACAUCCUAUCGAGUCACCACCGCCUUACCAACAAUCACUGAAUUUAUCCGUGAUAUCGCCAUCAGCCUCGUCCUACGCGAGGCCCUCUUCUACUAUAGCCACCGACUGCUCCAUGUCCCAUUUCUCUACCGACGAAUCCACAAGAAACAUCACAAGUUCACCGCCCCUAUUGCGCUAGCAGCUCAGUUUGCGCAUCCCGUCGAGCAGAUCUUUGCCAACGCGCUCCCGAUCUCGCUUCCUCCCCAGCUAUUGUACAGCCAUAUCUUGACCUUCUGGGCGUAUCUCGCCUGGGAACUCUUCAAUACAGCCACCGUUCAUAGUGGAUAUGAUUUCUUCCACAAUAAGGCAAGGAUGCAUGAUCUGCAUCAUGAGAAUUUCAAUCUGAAUUAUGGCUCGAUUGGGCUUUUUGAUUGGCUUCAUGGGACCGAUACUUUAGGUAAGACCCAUCGUGAGUGA